CCUAUGCUGAGAUUUUGGGGAGAUUUGGAACACAUUUUUUCCCGCCAAGUCACCGGCGGCGAGUCUUCGACGAGCGUCGGACGAAGCUCUGGCGACUCUUCUCCGCUCAGUUUUCCGAUCGUUUUUCACCAUCCUCGCCCGCACCUCACUUCCUCCUACGUCCUACUUGUGUCUCCAGGUUUGUUUUUCGACUUUUACCUUUUUGAUUUUUGGAGAAUCGGAUUAGGUAGUGAAGUGAGGUUGAAUUUUUGUGCUUUGCAUGAUUGAAUCUUGAUUUACGGCAAGGAAUUAAGUGAAUUAGGUCGAUUGAAUGAUGGAUUGAUUUUUGCAUGAGCUUAGUGAGCCUUAGUGGGAUGUUUGAACUGAAUUGUGUUUAUUUUAAGAAUUUGCCCACCAAGUGCUAUGUUAUGAAUGCAAGUGAAGUUUAUUCUUGUUUGGUGGAUGAUAGCCACCGUGGUAAGGGUUGUGGUUCAAGUUUUUGUGUGCUUGAACCGUGAAUUAACCACAACCAUGCCACGAUGGUUUGAGCUUAAAUGUUUGAUAACCAUGGUGGAAAAACAAGUGUGGGGGGAAUCUCGUUUCCUUCCAAUGAGCAUUAUUUGACGAAUGUUUCCACGUGUGGUGUAUGCUUCAUUGUUUGUGCAGGAUGGUUAACAUGGAUCACCCAUACCUUGUGGCGCUAAGGAGCAUCCCUGAAAUGGAACGAGAGGUGUAUUUUUGUGCAUCUUUGAGGGUCGAUAACCAUUGGAAACUCGACUUUUCCCUGUUCGACAAGCUUCAUUAUGGUGACGUUAUGAGGGAGGCAGUGGUGCACCCACAAUGGCGCCAAGCCCUUGAUCUUGAAGAUGACACUUACGGGGAGCUAUGCGUCGAAUUUUUCAGCACCUUCACCAUACACAAGAUCCUAUGCCUACUCGAUCAUCCAGUAAGCCGGGUCGAGUUUCGAUUGGGAGGGGAAAUUCAAAAUUUGAGCUAUGAUGAGUUAGCCAGAGCCCUCGGAGUGGAAGUCAAACAUGAGGACGAGUGGGAGGAAGAUGCCAUCCGAAGUUUUGACGUGAAUCCCGCGUUCCUGAAGUUUUGUCUUCCAAAGUACCGGAGGACAAAGUUCAAGUCGACCUGCACAACAACAUCCACACUCCAGCCCCAGUGGCGUGUCAUUGUUGCACUCCUGGCUCGUUCCCUCUACACGGCUUACCACAACCCGAACAAGAUAAUCGAGAGAAUCUUAUUGGCUUGUUAUUGCAUGGCGGACCGGUCUAGCACUAUGCACCUGCUCAUGCACCCGGCCGCGGCCGCCGCCCAGCGAUCCAGCGCCCUACACAGCAGCCACCACCACCAGCAGUAGGCAACGCCCUCGUCAAGAGGGUGGAACGCCUAGAGACGAACUUCAUGGGAUUCUCAUCUUGCCUCGACUAGCAGACCGACAUCCUCGAGCUUAUGGCUCACCGCCUGGGUAUCUUACUAGAUGCUGAAGAGGGUCCUUCCACCGGAGAGAGGUAGCCGACGAGUGAGACAUGAGGCAGAGUGGAGUUCUUUCGCCCCACUUCUCUACUUGUAACCCUGAACUUGUUUUAAAUUUUAUUUUUUGUUAUUUUCUUCACUUUGUGUUUGUGUGACGUAAACUACUACUAUGUAUUGUGCUUGUAAUAACAUCGCCUCGAGCGAGUUGUAUUGUGUUUGUGUGUGUUUUUGUCUCUCCUUGAAGCUCAGAUUAUCAUACCCCGGUUUGAUUCCAACUUUCACUCACCAAGCCCAAGCGGUAACAUCAUUCUACCCCUUUCUUACGCCAUUGAGGGCAAUGUCGAGUUUAAGUGUGUGUGUGGGGGGGGGGGGUAGUUUACUAGUACGCUUGUGGGAGUAUGAUUGAUGCUUGGAGCCUUUUGUAUCCCCAAAUUUCAAAAUUUUGAGGGAUCCAAGCAAUGUUUGGAUGAGCAAAAUGGCUGGAUGGUGGGAAAUUCUCUUGUUUAUUGGCAUUGAUCCUGACUUGUUGCAUGCGAUCGAGUAUAUCCUAUAAUGAGGACUGAGAAGUUCAUUAGGAUAGGGCAAAAGUUUAGUUCUCAGGUGUGCAUAAAUGAAUCGAUGUCUUGACUUGAUCACUUGUUGCUUACAAUUGCCAUGCAUCAUGUUUGUGAAUUGGAAUAGAUGGGCGGGUAACUAGGUAGCCUGUGAGCUUUGAGCCGAUCGUUUGCUUCCGGUGUGAUAGUUCCCUCUUACCACGGUGUAUAGCAUCACAGUUGUCACUAGCAUGUAUAAUGAAGGCAUAGGGUUAGUCCACGCCCAAAUGUUGAUUGUCCCGAAUUGUGUCAUCCUUUAGUCGACCCCUUUGAGUCGUGCGACUUCGAGGGUCGUUCUCAGUUUAGGAGCGUCGUGCGUGUGAGCUUAAAGGUGUUAAUAGAAUGACCCCCAAUCCUUUCUUCGUGUCCAAACAUGAGUCGCCCUUGUGUUCUGGAGCUCUCACCUUUGAGUUUCUAUAGAGGUUCUACAUAGGAGGUUUGUGUGCGGUCCUUGCUAGGAAUGAUAAAAAUGAAGUGUAGUGUUGGAGUGAGUUCCUCAAAAAGAGAGCAUUGGUCGUCAAAUGUAUAGGUGGGAAGUGUUUUUACUCUCUAGUACUCCCCUCAAAACGAAAAGAAAAGAGAAACGAAAAAAGAGGUAAUAAAAUGGGGUGAAUAAAUGUAUAGGUGGCAAGUGUUUUUACUCUCUAGUACUCCCCUCAACAAGCCAUUGAAACCCCCCACAUUGUUUUAUAACUCCUUCACUACCAAACCUUAAUGUGCUAGCAAGAGUAGACCGAGGAAGAGUGCUUCAAUAUAGUUCACGAUGGGCGAUAGUUUGGAAAGGAGAGAUAAGGGUUUUGGCCGAUGCUAGUGGCCUUGGAUUGAAAAGAGGGGUUUUAGUCGAAACCAUAGAACCUUCGGGUUUUGGUUGAAGAUGUAGAACCUCACGUCAUGAUUGUCACAACCCAAAAAUCCUUUUUCCCAUGUCCAAGAUAAUCGCAGUCAUUUGAACCCGUGUCUAAGACCUCCAGACGAGCCAGUGGUGCCAACCAUCCCGUGAACUCUAGCAUCUAGAGGUUACCGCCGUGGUAUUGAGAAGAUAGGGCUGACAGUUUAUGAUUGUGCACAUCUUUUGCACCGAAAAGGUCCAAACCUCACUAGUCUUGAGAGUGAGUGAUUCAUUCUUGCUUUGCAUGUCAUAUCAUACCCCGAUGAGGACCUUUGUUGCCUUUCCAUUCGUUCCUCGGACUUGAAUUCCAUGCAUGGUCGGUUGUGGUUGAUAAGUGGUCUUGUUGCGACUUGCAUUGACCCAUGAAUAAGGUGAGAACUUUUUG